AUGUAUUCUGCUGCCAAAUCAGACACAUUAUUCUUAGGAGGAGAGAAGGUAUCAGGGGAUGAUAUCAGAAACCAGAAUGUCUUGGCUGCCCAAAGUGUCGCCAAUGUUGUUAAAUCAUCAUUGGGUCCAGUAGGAUUGGAUAAAAUGUUGGUUGAUGAUAUUGGUGAUGUUACUGUUACUAAUGAUGGAGCAACUAUUGUUUCAUUAUUAGACGUUCAACAUCCAGCAGGUAAGAUUUUAGUUGAAUUGGCUCAACAACAAGAUAGAGAAGUCGGAGAUGGUACCACAUCAGUAGUAAUAAUUGCCAGUGAAUUAUUAAAAAGAGCUAAUGAUUUAGUCAAGAAUAAAAUCCAUCCAACUACUAUCAUUAAUGGUUAUAGAUUAGCAUUGAAAGAAUCCAUACGUUAUAUCAAUGAAGUUUUAUCCAUGCCAGUUGAUAGUUUGGGUAAAGAUACUUUAGUCAACAUUGCCAAAACCUCAAUGUCAUCCAAAAUCAUUGGAUCCGAUUCAGAAUUUUUCAGUAAAAUGGUUGUUGAUGCUAUGUUAGCAGUUAAAACCAUUAAUAAUAAAGGAGAAACCAAAUAUCCUGUUAAAGCUGUCAAUAUUUUAAAAGCUCAUGGGAAAUCUGCCAAUGAAAGUAUGUUAAUCAAUGGAUAUGCUUUAAAUUGUACCGUUGCAUCACAAGCUAUGGUUAAAUCCAUAAAGAAUGCUAAAAUUGCAGUUCUUGAUAUCAAUUUACAAAAGGCUAGAAUGGCAAUGGGAGUAGAAAUUAAUAUUCAAGAUCCUGAUCAAUUAGAAGAAAUUAGAAAAAGAGAAUUUGGUAUUAUAAUUGAAAGAAUUAGAAAGAUUUUAAAUAGUGGAGCUAAUGUUAUAUUAACAACUAAAGGUAUUGAUGAUUUAUGUUUAAAAGAAUUCAUUGAAACAGGAUCAAUGGCUGUUAGACGUUGUAAAAAAGAAGAUUUAAGAAGAAUUGCCAGAGCAACUGGAGCCACUAUGAUUAGUGAUUUAAGUAAUUUAGAAGGAGAAGAAACUUUUGAAAGUAGUUAUUUAGGUUACGCUGAAGAAGUUGUACAAACAAGAAUUAGUGAUGAUGAAUGUAUUUUAAUCAAAGGUACCAAACAACAUUCAUCAAGUUCAAUAAUCUUAAGAGGGGCUAAUGAAUAUUCAUUAGAUGAAAUGCAAAGAUCAAUCCAUGAUUCUUUAAGUGUUGUUAAAAGAACAUUAGAAAGUGGAUCGGUUGUUCCUGGUGGAGGAUCAGUUGAAACUGCUUUAAAUAUCUUUUUAGAGAAUUUUGCCACAACCGUAGGAUCAAGAGAACAAUUAGCAAUUGCUGAAUUUGGUAAUGCAUUAUUAAUUAUUCCUAAAACGUUAGCAAUUAAUGCAGCUAAAGAUUCAUCUGAUUUAAUUUCCAAAUUAAGAACUUAUCAUGCAUCAUCAUUAACAGCACCACCAUCUGAUGUUAAACGUAAAAAAUAUAAAAAUUAUGGAUUAGAUUUAAUUAAUGGUAAAAUUGUUAAUGAAUUAACUAAUGGAGUUUUAGAACCAACGAUUUCUAAAAUCAAAUCAUUAAAAUCAGCUUUAGAAGCUUGUAUUGCUAUUUUAAGAAUUGAUACUAUGAUAACUGUUCAACCUGAUCCACCAAAGGAAGAUGAUCAUGACCAUUAA